UCUGAGGGCAUCUUAAACAAGUACUUCUACUUUAACUUGAGUCCAUUAUUGUAGAACUCUUGAAAUAAAGUGGAUCUUUUAUUUUGAAAUCUGAUGAUGCCUGUGUGCACAUCGCUUGAGAGUGGAAGCAGAUCAGAAGCAUAAGAGACAUAUCGUCGUGUUGUGUUCAGGGGAGUUGGUUUGAUUCCUUAUUUCUUCACACCUGAGCAGCAGGUCCUCUGAUCCACAGACAUGACCACAGUUCUUCCUCCCGAUCUCACCAUAGUCCUGAUUGGAAGAUCAGGUGUCGGUAAGAGUGCUUCAGGAAACACCAUCCUGGGAAGACCAGCUUUUAAGUCAGAGCCAGCCUAUGAACCAGUGACGACAGAGAUCUCUGAACAAAGAGGAACUUUGUUCGGGAAACAGAUCUCAGUGGUCGACACUCCGGGGGUUUUUUUGAGGAUGGCUACAAAGAAGAUUAAGAAGUACUGUAAGAAGCUCAUAUCAUCCCACAGAUGUCUGUUCCUGGUGGUGAUCAGAGUUGGACUGUUCACAGAGGAUGACCAGAAGGCUGUGAGGGCAGCUAUGGAAGUCCUCGGGACUCGGGGAGUGGAGAGGAGUUACCUGCUCUUCACUGGUGGUGAUAUGUUAGACAGCAGGACAUUGGAGGACUUUAUCUCUAAAGAUGGAGACCAAGAAUUACUUAAAAAAGUUGUUAGAAAGUUCAAGAAGGGGUAUUUUCUCUUCGACAAUAAAGAUGGCGAUGAAGAACAAGUCAGAGAGCUGCUACUGAAGUCCGGCCACCUCCCCCCCCAGGACCUGGCUGACUCACCAGCUGAUGAUUCCAACAAGCGGAGGGUGGUGCUGAUCGGUCUUCCUGGAGCUGGGAAAAGUUCCUCUGGGAACACCAUCUUAGGAUCAGAUCAGUUUAAAUUAAGCGAUGGGUUUAAUUCAGUCCGUGCUGAGACUGUCUCCGGGUCAGCCACAGUGGGGGGUCGUAAGAUCACAGUGGUCGAUACUCCUGGUAUCACUGAUCCGACUGGUAAUCAGCUGUAUGAGGGGAUCAUGAAGUGGAUAAGAGAGGCCAGUCCAGGACCACAUGCCUUCGUUAUUGUGGUCAGAAUAGAUAGAAUCACAGAAACACACAUCAAACUGUUCAAGCUGCUGGAACAACUGUUAGGAGGAGAUGUUCCUAAGUACUCCAUGGUGCUUUUAACUCAAGGAGACAAGCUACAAGAAGGUCAGUCCAUUGAUGGUUUGAUCCGGUCCAACCAACACGUGUCUGCCCUGGUCUCCAUGUGUGGGGGGAGAUUCUGUGUGUUUGACAACAAAGCCAAAAGAAGCAGAGAGCAGGUCAGAGACUUCCUGAGUAAAGUAGAUGGCAUAGUCUCAGAUAAUAAUGGACAGCACUACACCGAUGAGAUGGCUCAGACAUUCCCAAAGGAAAGAAGGGACAUGUCAGGUGAUGCAGUACUGUCAGAAUUAGAUUUGAUUGGAUUUAUGAAUCUCAUAGGGACUCAAAACGAAGACUGUAUAAACUUGGCUGUAACAGCACUAGGAAGAGCAAUAGGAGAAGAAGUAGUAGCAGCUAUAAAAGCAAAAGCAGCAGUGACAGUCGAAGAAACUGGACCAAAAGUAUUGGAAGCAGCAGUGGGAGCAGUAGGAGGACCACAAUAAUAGACAGACCAAAUAA